UACAGGUAUGCGGCUUAUUUAGGAGAAUGUGUCACAUUUGAGUAGUGGCAUUGCGGAGAUAAACUGAAAAUGCCUUUUGUGUGGGUUGCCUGAGAGCAUUCUGGCCGCAGCUCUGUCCAGAGUCGGCCAGAAAGUAUUGCAUAUUGAUAGGAAUGAGUACUACAGUGGACAGUGGGCAUCAUUUAACUUAGAAAAUAUCACCAAAUGGACAAAAGAGGCGAUGGGUGAACUUGGGCUUGAACACCCCACCAUAGAGGAGGAUGUUCUACUACAACCUGGAGAGACACUGUCCCGGUUAGAUUUGUCUGUAAAGGGCAAAACCUAUUUCAAUAUAGCUUCAGAAUACCAUGUUAGCAACGAAGAAGAAGUAUUGGACAAAACUGACAUCGCAAAGGAAUGUAGAUCAGACGACAAGAUGGACAAAUUAAAUCCAGAUCAAGUUGAAGAAAAUAAAGAUGACAAUGACUCUGAAUCCAAUAAGGAUACCUUAGAAGCAUCAGAGGAGGCACAGUCUGAGGAAACCAAAUCAAACACAGAGACAGAAGCCAUUUUAGAAGAUAAAGAAACAAAACCCAUGUCGGAACAUAAAACUGAUGAGACCUUUAAAAAACCUUCUAGUAGUGAAGACUCUGUGGUGAAGGCCGAAGUGACAGAAAGUAAGAAACCGGAGACAUGGACAGCCUCCAAGCUGAAGAAGGAUUGGCGCAGAUUCAACCUUGACCUUGCACCCAGGUUGCUGUAUUGUGCAGGAAGCAUGGUGGAGCUACUGAUAUCAUCUGAUAUAGCCAAGUACUGUGAGUUCAGGACAGUUACCAGGGUACUCACCUUCCUCAAUGACAAACUGGAGAAGGUUCCAUGUUCCCGGGCUGAUGUGUUUAGCAGUAAGGAUGUGUCCAUGUUGGAGAAACGCAUGCUGAUGAAACUGCUGACCUUCUGUGCAGAUUACACCAACCAUGAGCACCAGUAUCAAGAUUUUGCAGAUAAACCUUUCAAGGAAUUUUUGAAAUCACAGAAAUUGACCAACAAUAUAUGCCACUAUGUACAACAUUCCAUUGCCAUGGCAACAGAUACCAUGACAACAAUGGAGGGAUUAGCAAGAACAAAGAAAUUCCUCCACUCUCUUGGUCGCUAUGGUAACACAGCUUUCCUAUGGCCCCUUUAUGGCAGUGGCGAGCUCCCACAGAGCUUUUGUCGGAUGUGUGCGGUGUUUGGUGGAGUAUACUGUUUACGUACUGCUGUCAGCGCCGUCAUCUGUGGAGCUGAUAACAAAUGUAAAGGGGUUGUUCUGACAAAUGGACAAAGAAUUAAUUGCAGGUAUGUCAUCAUGGAAUCCUCAUAUGCCGAUGCAGAGGACAUGACUUAUCGUGCCAAACGACAUGUGAAUCGAGGCAUUUUUAUCACAGAUAGGUCUGUUUUACCGACCGAAGAUCAACAGUUAUCAUUGAUGUUCCUACCAGAUCCUGACAAUGGAGUUCGACCUACAGCAGUACUAGAACUUCCACCUUCAUCCAUGACUUGUCCACAAGGCUUACAUGCUGUACACAUGACCAGGCCAGGAACAGGAGAUGUCCAUCCACGGGAAGAUUUGAAGAUCGUGAAAGAGAAGUUAUUUGAUCCUGCAGAUGAUGACAAGCCUAACAUAUUAUGGUCUAUGUACUUUAGUCAGACCUAUUAUGAAGAUUUAAAAAGAGGGGAGAGCACUCCUGAUAAUAUAAUUGUUUUACCCGGACCUGGGCCAGAAAUAGACUUAAAUGAUGUGGUGACUCAGACCCGUCAGAUCUUUGUUGACAUAAUGCCAGGGGAGGAAUUCUUGCCCCGACCCCCGAACCCAGAAGACAUCAUCUAUGUGGACGAGAAUGAGGCUACAGUUGGAGAAAAUAAACAGUCAGAAUUUGCUGGGGAAGAGAGCGAGACCAAUAAGACUGGUGAUCAGUCUGAGGGUGUCAAAGAUACAGAGGAGGUUACAGCCAUCCAAUCAGAUGAGUCAACACCAAUUAAAACAGAUUCUACAGUUGACCAAUCAGAUGAGUCAACACCAAUUAAAACAGAUUCUACAGUUGACCAAUCAGAUGAGUCAUCAACAAUUACAGCAGAUUCCGCGGUUGACCAAUCUAAUGAUGGGGAAAAUAAACAAGAUAUCUCAUCAGAAGUUAGUGAAAUAGAAGGCUCAAAAUGAAGAAAAAAAAAAGUGAAACAAAAUCAGAUGUAAGUGUUUCUAAUUAUUCCAAGUAAGUACAGGAUGAUAUUCCCCAGGGUUGAAUACUGAGCACAGAUAUAUAGUUCUCACUGAACAACUGGACAGAAUUUCAUUAUCAUCUAAAUGUGCUUCACUUAUGAAUGAUUUAUUUAUCCUGUCUGACCA